AUGAUGUACCCACCACGGUCGUGGUCCGGAAGAAGUCUUAUCCGCUUCAACGAGAUUCUUUUGAUAUCGUUGCAGGUCCUUCGAACGCGCGAAUGUAACCCGCGCACAACCAAUAUGGACGCCACUGAUCUAGACCUCGACGACAUCCACGCCUUCGCCAUCCAAUUGGGCAAAGAUGCAGGAUCGAUGCUGCAGCGUGCCGCCGAGGCCAGGUUCGCUGGUGGUCCGAAUGCUUCGAUUGAGAAGGACAGUGCUGUUGAUAUCGUCACGCAGACGGAUGAAGAUGUUGAAGCGUUCAUCAAGCAGGAGAUCUUUACGAGAUAUCCCAGUCAUAAAUUCGUCGGCGAAGAGUCCUACUCCAAAGGCUCAUCCAAAGAGUACCUGAUCACAGACGAGCCGACAUGGUGCAUAGAUCCCUUAGAUGGCACAGUAAACUUCACCCACCUCUUCCCCAUGUUCUGCGUCUCCAUCGCCUUCCUCCUCAACGGCCAACCAAUAAUCGGCAUAAUCUCCGCCCCCCUCCUCCACCAAUUCUUCUCCGCCCGCGCCGGCCACGGCGCCUGGCUCAACCAAACCCAACGCCUCCCUUUGGUUCGCGAUCCAGUGCCGCCGAUGCCGAAGGAAGCGCCGAAUCGCUGUAUCUUUAGCUGUGAAUGGGGAAAAGAUAGACGGGAUGUGCAGGAUGGGAACCUCCAGAGGAAGGUGGAGAGUUUCGUCAACAUGGCCACCGAACUGGGCGGCCGCGACGGCAAGGGCGGAAUGGUGCACGGCGUCCGCUCGCUCGGCUCCGCGACACUCGACCUCGCGUACUGCGCCAUGGGCGCUUUCGAUAUCUGGUGGGAAGCCGGCUGCUGGGAAUGGGACGUCGCGGCCGGCAUCUGUCUGCUCAACGAAGCCGGCGGGUUGGUCACGACCGCCAAUCCCCCUCCCACCUCAUCCUCCACUUAUGCUGAUGUCGCUAUACCUGAGGCUCAUCUAGGAGGUCGUCUCUACCUUGCCAUCCGACCCGCUGGCCCUUCGACAGAUGGCGAGGGGGAGAGGGAGAGCGGAAGGCAGGGGCAGGAGAGGGUGGUGAGGGAGGUGUGGAGACGAGUUAGGGGGUUGGAGUAUAGCCGGCCUGGGGUGUGA